UCAUCUCCAUUCAAAACUACAUAGAUAACAUUUAUCUAUCUAUCUAUAACCACCUAUAAACUAUAUCAUUAUCCCAUAACCCACAACCUCUUCACUCCUACAAGAAAUAAUACUAUAUCAACAAUGACAGAAUACACAACCACCCGCCCUACAAAAUCCCUCCUUAUUCCCAAGAAACGGCCCCUCAAGACUUCAUCCACAACCAUUUCCAAGAACUAUUCUACAGAGAAAUAUACACCGAGUCUAUAUUUCACAUCUUCAUCUUCAUCUACAGAGCAAAACCCUAAAUCCAAAUCCACGGAUAAUGAUAACGAUAAGGAAGCGAGAGCUACAACAACAACAACAGAGUUUAAUUUCUCCCUCCCGCCGCAGCCAUUUCUGGAUCCGGGGUGUUGGGAGAGGAUUCGUUCAGUAUAUUCUUUUUCUUCUUCGAGGUUAGGUGGUGAGAGUAGAAGUGGAAGUGGGAGUGGAAGUGUCAUGCAGUUGAAUGAGAAGGAGAAAGAGGAAGAGAGAAGACGGAGGAGGGUGAGGGAGGCGGAGUAUGGGGGGAUGGCUGUUCGGGGGAGGAUCAAAUGAUUCAUCCUUUUCUUUUUCUUUGAUCGUUCUCUUUAUGUAUUCGUUGUGGGUCGGUUUACUAUAGUGUAUGGAGUUGUGGGUACUCAUUACUGUGGAUACAUCUAUGUGGUAUGUAUGAUAUUUCUCAUUGAUUUAGGUAAGUAAGAUUGGUGGCAUCGUGUAUGUAGUUGCAUAAAUCAUCAGUAAGUAAGGUGUGGUAUGGUAUCUUCAUCAUCAUGAAUGGACUGGGACCAUCCAGUUUUCAAAUCAAGAGCAAAAGAA